CAACAGUUCUCGGCAAGCAAACAUUGCGUGCUCGGGCAGUGUGGGCCCGGUGUGGUACAUGCUGCUUUACUCUUAGUUCUGUUCAAAACACGACCAAGUCUGGACUCCCAGCAUUGCAGUCUAUCGCUGUUUUAUCGCUGUUAUCUCUUCGCGAUAUCGCUGAAAAAACAUAAACUAAUUUUAAGACGCUUUGUGUUUGGUGUUGUAUCUAUGUGCUUGUUGAUAAAGUGCGUUUUGGUGCGUUUUUUCGACUGGGUAGUGUAAAGUCAUUUUAGGAGGAAUCCUUGUACAAAACCUUCUUAAAAUGACUGCACUUGAAUCCAAGUGAACAAACCUAACCGUAUAGUGACCGAGUGACAAAAAACUUUAAAAAUGACAUCGCACUUUCGUUCGGCAACCCCUCCGCCCAUCCCGGUGCACCCCACGCGACCCAAAUCCUUGAUGGAGACCCUGCUGGUCGCCAAAAUGGAACAGGUGGCCCUAGGCCACCCCGGCAGGCCCUUCUUGCGAACCGACAGCGCCGAUUCGAACAGUUCGAUGGGAUCUGUGAACUCUGCGACCAGUGAUGUGUGCAGGUGCGACGAUUGUUUGCUCGGCAUAGCGGAUUUGUAUGCGCAGGAGCACGGGGCGGACGACGACAGUAAAAAAAAGAAAAAGUUUUCUUUGGCUGACCAGGGUACCCACAUGUCAAACAUAACAGGAUAUGUUGUUCCAGGUUUGGAAUUAUAA